AUGUCUGCCGGCCAGAGGUUUGCCUUUGCAAUAUGCAUUUUACAAAUAGGUGUCCUGAGUGCUGGGCCCACUCCUAGUUUUACCCCAGAGACCGGACAAGAGAAUGAGACACCACUUCCGAUAGACUGCAGAAUGAGUUCCUGGAGCGAAUGGUCAGUGUGUGACCCUUGCCUCAAACAAAUGUUUCGUUCAAGGAACAUUGAGGCCUUUGGGCAAUUUAAGGGACAAAAGUGCGUGGAUGCUGUGGGAGACAGAAGACUGUGUGAGCCUACUGAGCCCUGCAGAGACCUGGAGGAAGACUGUGGGAAUGAGUUUAAAUGUGGCACAGGCAGAUGCAUAAAGAGGCGACUUCUGUGUAAUGGUGACAAUGACUGCGGGGACUUUUCAGAUGAGGAUGAUUGUGAAAGUGAUCCCCGUCCUCCCUGCCGUGACAGAGUAGUGGAAGAAUCCGAACUGGCCCGGACAGCAGGCUAUGGCAUCAACAUCUUAGGGAUGGAUCCCCUAAGCACACCUUUUGACAAUGAGUUCUACAAUGGAUUCUGUGACCGGGUUCGGGACGGAAAUACCUUGGUCUACUACCGCAGGCCCUGGAACGUGGCUUCUCUGGCCUAUGAAACCAAAGCCGACAAAAACUUCAGAACUGAAUAUUAUGAAGAACAGAUGCAAGCAUUCAAACAAAUUGUCCAAGAGAGGACAUCGAAUUUUAACGCAGAUAUAAAUUUAAAAUUCACACCUACGGAAGCAAUUGAACAGUGCAAAAGUAAACUUCAAGAAACUUCUGACAAUAAAGCACCCCUAGGUCUUACAAAUGCUGAGGCUAAAUUUCGAUUUGGGUAUUCCAAAAAUGAAACUUACCAACUGUUUUUGACACAUUCUUCAAAGAAGGAAAAAGUGUUCCUGCAUGUGAAGGGAGUAAUUCAUCUGGGAAGAUUUACGAUGAGAAGUCGGGAUGUCAUGCUGACAACAACUUUCUUGGAGGACAUAAAAGCUCUGCCACCUACCUAUGCAAAGGGGGAAUAUUUUGCAUUUUUGGAAACCUACGGAACCCACUACAGUAGCUCUGGGUCUCUAGGAGGACUCUAUGAACUAAUAUAUGUUUUGGAUAAAGCAGCCAUGGAAGAGAAAGGUGUUGAAAUAAGGGAUGUACAGAGAUGCCUCGGGUUUAGUUUGGAUGCUUCUCUGAAUGCUGGAGCUGAACUCACAGGAAAGAUCAAUAAAAACGAUUGUUUAAAGAGGGGUGAAGGUGGAACUGUAAACAUCACUAGUGAUAACCUUAUAGAUGAUGUUAUUUCACUCAUAAGAGGAGGAACCCAAAAAUAUGCAUAUGAGCUGAAAGAGAAGCUUCUCAAAGGAGCCAAAACGGUUGAUAUGACUGACUUUGUAAAUUGGGCCACUUCCUUAAAUGAUUCUCCAGUGCUCAUAAGUCAAAAACUGUCUCCUAUAUAUAAUCUGGUUCCAGUGAAAAUAAAAGACGCACACCUAAAGAAACAGAAUUUAGAAAGAGCCCUUGAAGAUUAUAUCACUGAAUUCAAUGUGAGGAAAUGCAACCCAUGCCAACAUGGAGGUACUGUGAUCCUGCUGGAUGGAGAAUGUCUGUGUACCUGCCCAAUGGCAUUUACAGGAAUUGCCUGUGAAACCAGAAAAAACCCAAAAACUUCUCAAGUGCCUUCUGCAUUCAAAAUUUCCUAA